AUGGCAUCUGUAACCACUCUACCCACCUUCGACAACCUCACCUUCGACCCUUCAGGGCCACCAGGGAACGCAUGGGGUCUAUUUGGGAAGAACAACGAGCUGGGGAUGCUGAACCUUCUCACUCCCGAGACGGUGCGCAGGGCAGCAGCAGAGGAGAUUCGAGACGGCGUACGAUUCUCGCUUGAUCUGCCACUCGACCGAAUCAAGAACCCCAGUUUCGGGCGCAAGCCGUUUGCGCGGGAGUUGGUGAACAAGGCGCCACGGAUUGUCAAUGAUGAUAUCCUUGUCUUCAAUACGCAGUGUAGGAACCAUACACACAAGUGCUACUUUAACGGGCAUUCACUGGAGGACUUGAAAAUCUCCCCUGUGAUCGGCAUUGACGCAUGGGUCAAGCACGGCGGCAUCGUCGGCAGAGGCGUGCUAAUCGACUACGCCUCAUGGGCAACGAAGAACUCGAUCCCCCUCAGCCCCUUCACCACAACCAAGAUCCCCCUCUCUGCAAUUAAGCAGAUCGUCGAAGAGAACGACAUCCGAUUCCGGCCCGGCGAUAUCCUCUUCCUCCGCACAGGCUUCACAGCCGCCUACGACAAGCUCUCCGCGGACGAAGAACUGGCCAUCUCUCAGCGUGAAACGCCUCAAUUUGCAGGUCUUGAGGCCGGAGAGGCCACUCUCCGUUGGCUGUGGGAGAAUCAGUUUGCUGCCGUAGCGAGCGACUCGCCUAGUUUCGAGCCUUCACCCAUCGCGGGCCCUCAAGGUCCGCCGGAGUUUCAGCUGCACCAGUGGUUGCUGGCUGGCUGGGGGAUGCCUAUUGGAAAGUAUUUUGAUCUCGAGGAAGUGGCGGAGUAUUGUGCGAAGAUGAAUCGGUGGAGUUUCUUCCUGUCGAGUGUGCCAUUGAAGGUUCCUGGGGGCGUAGCCAGUCCUCCUAAUGCGGUGGCUAUCUUUUAG